CUUGCCAACACUAUUCACCAUCCCGGCUGGUGACGAUUGGUGAACGUGAACGCAAAAACAGACGCUGAAAGUGGCUGGCGACUUGAGAGACGUCUUAAUGGUGAAAACGAAGAUUCUCCGUAAGGCGAAGAUGUAGAAUAUUUGUUUAAACAGAAUUUCGGAUAAUUUGGACACACCAUCGGCUAUAACGCCUCUCCGCAGGAAAGCCGUGUUUAUAUUGACAACUUUAAAUCGGAUCUUGUAUAUUUUGAUUUACAUUACAUUUAAAGGUGUUAAUCGUUUUUAUACCAUACAACACUUCAACAGUUGACAUUGAAUUGAUUUAACACUUACAACUAGCUAUUACGAGUAUCUAAACCGAGUAAUUGAUUGAAAACCUGUGGAGUAACUUUACCACAGAUUUCUUAUUUCUACAGAGCCUUUAGGACAGUGGAAAGUGUUACAGUUCCGCCAACCCGCCGGACAAAUAAAGCUGUUUCCUUAGGAUGUUCCUAUCAUAAUUAUAGCAGAAGAUAUAGUUGGUUCUAAAGAACUCCUUUCUUAUCAUAAUUAUAGCAUUAUCAUAUGCCAGCGGAGUCUUUAAUAGUUUUGAACAUCACAGGCGUACACUAAUAUAGCAACGUUGCGCAAGAUGGGCUUGUGAGUAAUACUGUAGGUACUGCAGAAUACUUGUAAAAUUGCAAUUAUACAAUAUACCAGAGCUUGUGCAGAAUGGAACUGUAAACAGGACUAACCAAACAAAUUCGGAAUAAAAAAAACAUGGAUGACAAAGCACUGAGCACAGAGAACAAAUCUUUGGACGUGAACGCACGAGACACUCAGGACAAAUCUCUGGACUUGAACGAAAACCACGUGCACGAACUGGUGGCGCCAGCAUCCGGCGAAAAAGAACAAAAGUUUCGGCGGGUUCAGUUGGUGGUUCCAGAACCAAAACGUCUGACUUCACCAAGCGAUAGUCAUAAAAUCGAUGACGUAUCUAAAACACGUGAUAUGGAUUCAUCUCUUCCGGCACCAGGAUUCGUUCCGUACUGGCCGUAUCAGAGGCUUCCCUGGCCACUCCCAGUCUAUCCAAGCAUUCCUGGCAUCAGUGCGCAUGCGCAUAUGCUACAUUUUCCUCCAUAUCCGGGUACUAGUCUUCCAAUUCCGUUCCUACCGGAUUAUUUUUCACAGCGAAACAUUUCUUCAGAGUAUUUCGAAAAACUUCAUUCACAUCUUCCUCGCGUGCCAAGCUCAUCACUGUCACCCUACUCCGCAAUGUUAUUCGGACAGAGAAGUCCACUACCGCAUAGUCAACCGUCACCUGAACAGAAACGUGAUGAGGGUUGUUCAAUGAAAUCUGAUAUAAAUACUGCAAGUGAAUUCAGUAAAGAAACAUCCCCUAGUCAUAUGUCUUUGUUACAAAAUGCACCCAAGACGGUGUAUUUCGAUACUUUGUCUACAAUUUGUACGGAAAAGAAGAAAGAUAAAAGUGUAGACGCUAUGAAAUACCAAUGCAGCACGUGUAAUAGAACAUACUCCACUGUUAGCGGACUUUCUAAACACAAACAGUUCCAUUGUAACCAAGAAAAGAAAGAAUUCUCAUGCAAACACUGUGACAAGAUAUACGUGUCCCUCGGCGCACUCAAGAUGCACAUACGAACGCAUACGCUGCCAUGUAAGUGUAAAUUAUGCGGUAAGGCGUUCUCGCGCCCGUGGCUGCUCCAGGGACACGUGCGCACGCACACGGGGGAGAAGCCUUUCUCGUGCGUCCACUGCCUGCGCGCGUUUGCCGACCGCUCAAACUUGCGUGCGCAUCUUCAAACCCAUAGCGAGGUCAAGAAAUACAGCUGUAGAAAGUGCAGUAAAACCUUCUCCCGGAUGUCCCUACUUCUGAAACACGAGGAUUCGUGCGCUCGAACAAUGACGUAAUUGCCAUCAGAAAAUGUACAUAUGUAAGUCUUCCACGAGGAUAUGUCGUACUCUUUCAGUGUUUUAAUUUACGUAAAUUAGUGCUAAGGUUGCUUUUGUUCUUCCCCAUACUGAAGUUACGAAAAAAAUUAAUAGAACUUAAAAAUUAUUUUUGUUUAAUUGUAUUACUAGUCUAAACAUGUCUUCUUAAAAUGUUGCACAAUCUAUAUGUUUCACAUACUUUUUCUUUACAAGAAAUUGUUGCCAUGUGUUGAUAGGUUUAAUAGAACAGAGCAGAACAGAUGAUAGGUUUAAUAGAAUAGUGCAGAACAGAUGAUAGGUUGAAUAGAAUAGAGCAGAACAGAUGAUAGGUUUAAUAGAACAGAGCAAAACAGAUGAUAGGUUUAAUAGAACAGAGCAGAACAGAUGAUAGGUUUAAUAGAACAGAGCAGAACAGAUGAUAUGUUUAAUAGAACAGAGCAGAACAGAUGAUGGGUUUAAUAGAACAGAGCAGAACAGAUGAUAGGUUUAAUAGAAUAGAGCAGAACAGAUGAUAGGUUUAAUAGAACAGAGCAGAACAGAUGAUAGGUUUAAUAGAACAGAGCAGAACAGAUGAUAGGUUUAAUAGAACAGAGCAGAACAGAUGAUGGGUUUAAUAGAACAGAGCAGAACAGAUGAUAGGUUUAAUAGAACAGAGCAGAAACAGAUGAUAGGUUUAAUAGAACAGAGCAGAACAUAUGAUAGGUUUAAUAGAAUAGAGCAGAACAGAUGGUGGGUUUAAUAGAACAGAGCAGAAUAAUAGAACAGAACAGAUGAUAUGUUUGAUAGAACAGAACAGAACAGAUGGUGGGUUUAAUAGAACAGAGCAGAACAUUACAUACAUUUAAUAGUAAAACAAAUUAAUCAUACCCUUGCUCAUUGAAAAUAUUCUAAGUUAUGUACAUGUUUUAUUGUAUCAUAAGUAAUGUGCUACCUUUGUUCCAAAAAACUCUUUCGAAAAUGUGCUCAAUCAUCCAUGAGUCAGUGGAACAGUGUACAUGUAGUAUUGUUUUCAUUGGUACAUGUAAUUGUAGUCACUAUAUUCUGACUUUGUUUUGACUUAUUUAUUCCUCUGAUAAGUUUUGAAUU